GCAGUGUAAUACAGGGGGAGGGGAGAAGGAGGACCUUGGGGUUGUGGUGAUGAUAAUAAGGCAGGCUGUGAAGGAGAACAGGCCGGGCCUGUACUGUGACCUUAUCCUGUGACAGCUGCACACACUUCCAGCAUGGCUCUGCUCCGAGGCGUUUUUGUCGUUGCUGCCAAAAGAACCCCAUUUGGCACCUAUGGGGGGGUGCUGAAGGACCACACUGCCACGGACCUGGCUGAGAUUGCAAUAAAAGCCGCCCUGGCCUCUGGAAACGUGUCUCCUGAUGCCGUGGACAGUGUGGUGUUUGGCAACGUUGCCCAGACCGCCACCGAUGCGAUAUACCUGGCCAGACAUGCCGGUCUCCGAGCAGGGAUACCCAUACCCGUUCCCGCUCUAACGGUCAACCGGCUCUGCGGCUCCGGCUUCCAGUCCAUCGUCAAUGGGUGUCAGGAAAUCGCCCUUCGGGAGUCGGAGAUUGUGCUGUGCGGCGGGGCUGAGAGCAUGAGCCAGGCUCCGUACGCCGUCAGGAAUAUCCGCUUCGGUACCAAGCUGGGAUCAGACAUCAAGAUGGAAGACACGCUGUGGGCUGGUCUCACCGACUCUCACAUUAAGAUGCCAAUGGCCAUCACCGCCGAGAACCUCGCCGAAAAGUACGGCAUCGCCAGGCAAGAUUGUGACAACUAUUCCUUCCAGACCCAGCAGCGGUGGAAAGCCGCUCAGGACGCAGGACACUUCGCAGCUGAGAUGGCCCCUAUUGAAUUGAAGUCGAAGAAAGGGCCCAUUAAAAUGGAACAGGACGAGCACCCCAGGCCACAGACCACCUUGGAGCAGAUGGCGAAACUCCCCUCUGUGUUCAAGAAGGAUGGCGUAGUGACUGCCGGAAAUGCAUCGGGGAUCUGCGAUGGAGCCGGUGUCGUGAUUGUGGCCAGCGAGGAAGCCAUUACCAAGCACAAGCUCACCCCGCUGGCUAGGAUCGUGGCGUACCACGCGUCUGGAUGUGACCCCAAGAUCAUGGGCAUUGGUCCCGUUCCCGCCAUUAGUGAAGCGCUAAAGAAAGCCGGACUAACCAUCAAAGACAUGGAUCUCGUGGAGGUGAAUGAGGCUUUUGCUGCCCAGUAUUUGUCAGUGGAGAAAGUUUUAGGCCUAGACCGUGAGAAGACCAAUGUUAAUGGAGGAGCUAUCGCCCUGGGACAUCCGCUGGCUGCGUCAGGGUCACGAAUCAUUGCUCAUCUCACCCAUGAACUCAGGCGUCGUGGUGGAAAAUACGCGGUGGGAUCUGCCUGCAUCGGUGGAGGACAAGGUAUCGCCAUCAUCCUGGAAAAUGUCGUCUAAAGUCUCCACCUACAACAUGGAAACCAAUGGACAAUGUUAUUCUUUAGGAAACCAGCCCAACUGUUUAUAAAGUAGUAGCCAAUUGUUGGAAAUGAUGGGUCACCGGGUGAUCGAACCAACAUGGCGGAUACAAUCUAGUGCUGCGGAGGCCGCUUAACUCUCCCGGACACAAUACACGAGACCAGACAAUCCCAUUCUCUAUUGGAGAAUACUAUAAUACAUUUAUAUUGUCACACAGGAGCAGUAGGCGUUCCCAGCAUCUUGUAUUUGUGCGGUUCGUUUAGCGCACCAUAGAUCUCCCAGUCUCUGUUGUUUAAAUUUAAUACAAAUGAGUAUUGUUUUGGUCCUGCGUUCCGUUGCUUCCAUGCAGUGUACGGAUUCUAUUAGUGUUUUAUAGAAACAAGUCGUAGCCAAAAUUGUCCAUCUAUAGUGUAAAGAAAUUUGCUGCAAAAAGGAGGUUCCAAACACAGUGAGGCGCUGAGAUAAUAAGCCUAUUAAUUCACUAUGGACAUCCGAUGCCUCGUGCCUCAAAGAUCUCACAAGCUCCUAAGGAUUUCAUAGGCCACAUGCUAAUGAAUAUUGGUUUCGGCAUAAAAUGGCUGACCCCAGUGUGUCUGUGGCUAGUGCUCAUUGGGCAUUUAAAGGUUUUGGGACUGGCCACCUAAUGUAAACACCAAAUUAUAUAUUGUCACCUCCUAACGUGGCAAUCUGCAAAUUGCUUCACUAUCCUCUAAUUUGUGUUAUCGUCCAUUUAUAUUACACUUGCCAAUGAAUGUAAAGAUUAACUAGUGCCAGGAUAUAAAGGGCUAACUCAUUGUACAAGUGCCUUUACCGAGACUGCAAAAUAAAAUGUGACUAUACAGUA